AUCUUUUAGUCUAAAAGAUCUCUGAUUUCUUACAACAAAAUGUACUUUUUCGUUCCUUAAGUGGCCAUAGAAAACAAUGGCGCUCUUGUCGCUACAAUGUAUUUGAUUACAAUUUACUUACCUGUGACUUUGUGACAUAAGCUUCGAUAUGUAUACGAAAACUUUCAGAGUAGUAAAGAAUUGUAAAGAAAUUUCUGUGUUUUAUAAUCAUUGUGGUCGAAAAUAAUCGACUAUUACGAAUUAAUGUACUAUGAACCGUUUGGAUGAUCCUCCAAGUCUCAUGAAAGGCAGAAAACCAUCUUUCAUUGGAAUGAACGGGGGUCCUGAAACAGAUGAUCAACAACGCUUAAGAUUUCAAGUUGAAUUAGAAUUUGUUCAAUGUCUUGCAAAUCCAAAUUAUUUAAAUUUUUUAGCACAACGUGGUUAUUUUAAGGAUUCAACAUUUAUAAAUUAUCUUAAAUAUCUGUUAUAUUGGAAAGAACCAGAAUAUGCAAAAUAUUUGAAAUAUCCUAUGUGUUUGUACUUUUUAGAUUUAUUACAAUAUGAACAUUUUAGAAGAGAAGUAGUAAAUUCUCAAUGUACAAAGUUUAUAGAUGAUCAACAAAUUUUAUUAUGGCAACAUUAUACCAGACGUAGAACAAGAUUGUUACAGACUGCUGCAGAACAAACACAACAUACAAAUCCUCAAAAUAAUGGUAUUGUACAACCUAAAGUUCCUUGAGUAAUAUAUGACAAACUCAUUAAAUGGGUCCAUAAGAACUACAAUAUUAAAAUGGCAUUACAAUAAUGUCUAUAACUGUAGUUCCUUAUCAGAAUUGUUUUAGUUAUGUUUUUUGGCUGUGAUAAAUCACAAAUAAAGUACUUUUCUAUGUUCUCAAUA